GCCGAGCGCACAAAGCAACGUGCUUGUGUUUAUGUGCCACGGCCGCACUUUGACGUCAACGUGACCUGAUUUUCAUGCCUCUGACGGAAUCGGUACAUAUUUUGACGGUCGCGCAGAGGCCCCGGCACCUCGGCCGGCUCGCCAGCCUCCCUCUCGGCCAGCCGGCUGUGACGUCCCGAAGCCUCCUCGGUGAAAGUUGACGCUGAUCCGCCGCUCGCGCAAUGCUAACGCAACUAGCUAUAUUUAGGGUUACGCGUACUAAAACCCGCAAACGUGGGUGUAAAUAUAUCGUAUAUUGGAAUACAUUAGACUUAAAUGUCCUCUUCCCGAAAAGGAGGAUCCGCCACUCUUCGCCGCUCCCCGAGGAUGACGGCAUCAGACUCCAUACAGAAGGCUGCUCAUAUAACAAGGCAAUACGUGUAAUAGUACAUAUUAAAUUGAAAGUGAGUUAAUUUAGCGCUGUUCUUCUGUUCUACAGUCACGGGUAAUGCCCCGUUUUAAAUGGCCUUUUAUACGAUGUGGUGUAUUAAUCACUGUGAUUAUUUAUACACUGUUUGGACUAACAGACUUUCCGUACUUUGUUAUACAGUCUACUGCGCAUGCUUGAGAAUGGACGCGUAAAAGCGAUUUUAUAAAGGCGGCAAACACUAAAGCGUAGUAAGGUCAAAUGGCUUACUUUUCUCAAAGACCGGACGGUUUCAAAGCGUAGAAUGAAUCGUAGUAUACGUAUGUGGAGCGCAUGGAUCCGUUGUUCGAAGCGCAGAAAAGAAGAAAGUUGCUUAUGGACGUCUACGAAAUUUAGUGCAAGGCGCCAAACUCGGAUAUCGGAUUUCUUCGGAAAUUGUGACCACGCUGAGGGAGGGAGUCCUAUGACCCGAAGCCUUUGGUGAUCGCUGAGCGUUCCAGCGAUGUGGCAGGAGGCGAGCCGGGCCAUCGUGGUCCUGACGGUCGUCCUGGCAACAGCGGCGGCGCUGUCGGAUGUCUCGGUCGUACCUGAAUGCGGUGGCAGCAGUGGCCGCGUCCCGUCGGCGGUGGUCGACGCACAGCUGGCCGAGCGGAGUCAGAAGAGACACCUGAAGGUGCUCUUCGACAGGUAUGGUGAAAAUGGGACCAUCUCCCUGGCGGGCCUGAACCGCCUGCUGCAAAGCGUGGGCUUGGACCGCAUCAGGAGCGUGGCGGCGCAGCACCACCACCACCACCAUCAUCACCACGACGACGAGGAGGAUUCACAUGAGACCCACUCCGAGACCCCAAUCGAGAGGCAACGGCGAAGCGUGGAUGACCACACCGCAGCCGACGCCGCCAGCACGCUACUCGGCGAUGCCGGAUUGGUCAGCGACGGUCAGAUGAGCCUUGCGGGAAAUCACACGCAGGAUGAAAACCAUCAACAUGACGACCACGACCAUGAGCAUCUUGAGUGUCAGAACGCAUCCAGCCUCUUAUCAUCGCACGGCAUGAGGCAGGAAGGUGGGGUGAGCCAGAGCGACUUGGUCUUACUUUGCCCGGCGCUCCUGCACCAGAUUGACGCCGGCGCCUGCAUCCUCCACCAAGGCGACGACCAUCACGACCACGAUCACCACGACGACCACGGCGAGAGCAGCAAAAGCAUCACAACAGCGUGGUUGGGUGGCUUCCUGUCCAUCACGGUCAUCAGCUUGCUGUCGCUUCUGGGCGUGGUGCUCAUGCCCCUCAUGAACAAAGUCUUCUUCAAGUACCUGCUCAGCUUCCUGGUUGCGCUGGCCGUGGGCACGCUCAGCGGCGAUGCCUUUCUGCACCUCAUCCCCCACUCUCAGGCUGGACACCAACAUUCCGAGCAUGACGCGCACGACGGGGAGGACCUGGACGGCAUGUGGAAGGGUCUGACGGCUCUGGGCGGCGUCUACUUUAUGUUUCUCAUCGAGCACUUCUUGACGCUGGGAAAGAUGUAUAAGGAAAGGAAGAAGAAGGAGAAGAAGAACAAGGCAAACCUGGAAAAGCCGCUGGCCCUCAAGGCAAGCGAGGACGUGGAACACAACGGCGCCGGGUUGUUUGUCGAGCGCCCCAACGAGGAUGGCGUGGCCGAGGAGGAGCAGGUAAUGCUGAAGAAGUCGUCGACGGAGGUGGAGGUGGCUCGGGGCUACUCGGCGGAGGACUGCGAGAACAAAUGCCACUCGCACUUCCACGACACGGUGGGCCAGGCGGACAGCCUGCACCAUCACCACCACGACUACCACCACAUCCUCCAUCACCACCACUCCCAGAACCACCACCCGCACAGCCACACGCACUCGUACCCGCAGCACCACUUCCAGCAAGCCGGUGUGGCCACGCUGGCCUGGAUGGUCAUCAUGGGCGACGGCCUGCACAACUUCAGUGACGGCCUGGCCAUCGGCGCCGCUUUCAGCGAGGGGUUGUCCAGCGGCCUGAGCACAUCUGUGGCCGUUUUCUGCCACGAGCUUCCUCACGAGUUAGGCGACUUUGCCGUGCUGCUGAAGGCGGGCAUGACGGUGCGGCAGGCCGUCCUCUACAACAUGCUGUCGGCCACCACGGCCUACCUGGGCAUGGUGACGGGCAUCCUGAUCGGCCACUACGCCGACAACAUCUGCAUGUGGAUCUUCGCGCUUACCGCCGGCCUCUUCAUGUAUGUGGCGCUCGUGGACAUGAUGCCGGAGAUGUUGCACAACGACGGCGGCGAGGGCGGCUUCAGCCACUGCGGCUACUUCCUGCUACAGAACGCCGGCAUCCUGCUGGGCUUCGGCAUCAUGCUCAUCAUUGCCGUCCUCGAGCACCGCAUCCAGCUGGACUUCCACUUCUAGCGCCCGACGGCCAUGACUCCUUCCUUUCUCGUCGUCGUCGUCGUCUUUCUUCCCCCUACGCCCCCACCACUUUUUUGCAUUGUAGUUCUUUGUGAUGGGUUACUCUUCUAGAGCCUCUCAACAACAGCCAAUGGGCCGGAUUUACGGCAGCUGAUGACACUUUCGUCUUUACAACCUCCAAAUGUGAUUAGAUCGCCCCGCUUCUGGCAUAUGAUAGGUCAAAAUGUAAAACUUGAAAUUGUAUUUUUUUUUCUUUUCUAAAGUUAGGAGCGUCACUAUUUUUGCUAUUUAACUUGUAUAUUUUCAUGUUUUGGAUUCCUUGGGGUUUAACUUUUUGUUGUUGUUGUGGUUUCCCUCAGGAGGCCAUUUUGAUUGUGAAAUUGAUAUUAGUGUUGAAACACUUUGUUUCAAAAUUGUCCUGUAUUGAAAUUUUUUGCCUUGAGCAACGACCCGACUUGAACAUUUUAUUUUUGGGGGGACAGAUACGAGCCACCAUUUGGCUGACUUUUUUUUUCUUGUUGUUUUUGCUUUUUAUGCCACUCCCAACUGAAGUUUACUCAAAUACGCAACAGAAAACGAAGAUAAUUAAGUAUUUCAAAGAACCACGGUAUAGCCUUACAGUCCUCUGGCCCGAAAUGGACCUGAAAGACACAACGGUACUCGUAUAUUCUUUAUCCUCUGCGUAGAUGCGGUGAAUGUUAGUGCCGCACCGAUGAGCCGAGAGAGGACUGUAGCUCUGCACCAGCCCCUGUCCCCAGGUGUCCAAAGGAGGCACACCGGAAAGAGCAGCGUUCGCUUGAUGCAAUGUGACGAAAGCGGUGGAAUUCUUUCUAAUUCAUUAUUGUCUGUAUUUGUAACCUUCAACAUUACGGCGAGCCAUUUUUUUCCCCAGCGCAUAACAACAUUCCACGUGUAACUGAAGGUUUUCACGACUGAACUUGAAAUCUGAAGUUAUAGAAAGUAAGGACAACUGAAUACAAAUGCUAUUUAAUGUUUUGAACAAUUGAGGUGUUUAAAUGGGAGUUGGUAAGAAAAAAAAUGUCAGUAAAAAGUGAAAACCGAUACCUGCCAAAAGAUGAUAGACGUAUCUCUGGGUCAAAAGUGUUUUCUUUUGGUGUCAAAGUUGUUUAAGAGCCAAAAACAAGUAUGAAGGAGGAAUUUUUGUUAGGUCAACUUGAUCAAACCGUUUUGGAGCGACAAAAUCUGCACUAAAUGUUGUAGUUGGACGUCAUCAAUUUGUUUGCAAAGCGGAUGCGAACCGCUGACAUUCCUUCUCACAAAUAAACGUCUCCACCUGAGCUUCGUUUUUCAUUUUCACGGACCACGCCUCGCAUCACCGCAACUUUCCUCAUUUAACCAGAAACGCCUUUUCGCAACAACAGACCGUCACGCUUUGAGCUCCGCAAAUGACUGUGCGAAUUUUUUCUCGGUCCGGUUAAUCAACAUUACAAACAUUCAAAACAAAUGACAGUUUUUUUUAACAGCAAAUAAAAAAAACC